UCCUUCCUUCUUUCCUUCUGUUUUCUCUCGAUAUUGCUUUGCCAGUUCACUCUUUGGGAGCACCAAAAGCUUAACAAUAUCGAAAGAUUCUUCAUAAACUUAAAGAAUGGAUUUAUUAGUUUCAGCUUGGAAUUUUAAACACUUGGCAGUCCCAAUAUCAGCUCUACUACCCUCACCCACCGCCAUAACUUGUAGUUGUAGCUUUUACAAGCCACCAGGCUCAGCUAACAAGUUUUCGUUCCCGUUUUGGACAUACCCUUUUGCUAGAAUCCCUAACAAGUCCCCUUCUUCAAUUGCAAUCCACGCCAGGAAGAAGAACUCCAAGUCCGAGCCACUUUUGAAACCAACCAUUGUUGAAGAAGUUUCUAUGGACGACGAAGAUAAGGAAGAAGAGCAGAUUCUUUUUGAUGACUCCGAAGAUGAUGAAUCGAUGAUAGACAAUGAUGAUGAUUAUUUUGAAGAAGAGUACCUAGACAAUGAAACUGAACUUUAUGUUGGGGAUGGAGCAGGGGGAGGGGGCAUUUCUCUUGCUGGAACAUGGUGGGAUAAAGAAGCAUUAGCAUUAGCUCAGGAUGUAUGUCUAUCCUUCAAUGGUGAUUUGGGGAUAUAUGCCUUCAAAACACUGUCAAAUUCCUCCAUUCAAGUCCGCAUUGAAAGACUUACCAAUAAGUCUGGUUCCCCCAGUAUGGAAGAUGUUGAAGCUUUUUCUGUAAGCUAUAGAGCAAGAUUGGAUGAAGCUGAGCUUGCUAGAUCUGUACCUCAGAAUAUAACAUUGGAGGUGUCAUCUCCUGGUGUGGAAAGAGUAGUUCGGAUGCCACAAGAUCUAGAUCGGUUCAAGGAUCGCCCUAUGUAUGUGAAAUAUGUGACUGUGGCUGAAAGUGGUUCACUAUCAGAAGGUGAUGGUGUUUUCAGACUUGUCACGUUUGACAUGGAAACAAAAUGUUGCACCUGGGGUUUGGCAGAUGUGAGAAUAAAUAGAGAAAAAGCAGGGAAAGGAAGACCACUUAGCAAAAAGCAGAGGGAGUGGUGUUUGGAAACUACUUUUGAUUCUUUACGUCUAGUCCGAUUGUAUUCUGAAAUAUGAAUAUAUUUUUUGUUUGUCUUUUUCCACCUUUCACAGCCUGCAUAGUGAAAUAGCUAGUUGAUAACUUAUGUUAACAUGAUAAUCCAGCAUUUGAAAUUUACUCAUCUGAAAUAUAAUUCGUCUUCAAAUCUGGGCUGAAAACAUAUGUUCUAUCACUGUAUAUAACUUGAUAAUUUCUGUUUCA